AUCUGGGGUUGCUACCCAACCCUCAGGCUAGUCUGGCUCCACUCAGAUCCUUGAGGACUAUCUGCUGGUGGAAGAUGUGCCUCUGCUGGACAUGGCCGAGGAGGAUGAAGAGCUUGACUUGUAUAAUGAGAUGACUUUUGGGUUAGACCGAGACUCCACUGAGGAGGAUGCCACAAAACCCUUGAUGCCUCUGGAGACGAGCCCUGAGCUGGCCAAAGUGGUGGCAGAGGAGAUCGAGGCCAGGGAUGAACUGGGUCUCCAAGUGGCUGAGCAGCUUGAGGAGCUGGGAGACCCCCACGAGGAAGGUGGGAUGGAGCUGGAGGUCGAGUUGGAGGAAGAGGAGGAGGAGCUGGGAGCUGACGAAGACCAGGAGUGCUGUGAGGAGCCAAAUGACCUGGGAGACCCGGCAGUGAUGAGAGCUGUGCAGAGCAAGCCCACACUGGAGAGCCAGGACUCAGCAGUGCUGGACAGCAGGAUUGGUGCUUGCUGGGCAGAGUUUGGCAAAGAGGAUGUGCUGGCGAUGGAUCCUGCGGUGUGGGGAACCUGCCCUGGCAGCAUCCCACCCCACCACAUGCUGGAGGAUAAAGCCAUCCUCCAGGUUCUGGAAGGGCCCCCAGCAUCCACCAAUGUGGCCCUUGACUUCCUUGGCUCCACUGUGCAGAGGCGCUACGGGGGGUCUCCACAGCUCAAGCACCCUGACUUAAGACUGAUGUCUCCCAAGUCCUUCCCCCAGCGCUUUCGCCGGCAGCAGCCUCCUCUGAUGCCUCGCUCUCCAUGCUCCCCCCGGCCCUUCACGCCGGCUCACAGACCCUCUCUGUUCUUCGCUUCUAACCAGACCACUGGGUAUGUGUCUCCGAGCUCUUUCCAGCCCGUGUCACCCAGUAUCAGCAGCCCGCCACGGUCUCUCACCAUGCACUUCGGUCCCAUGUCUCCCUCUUUGGACCCUGCUCUCUUCUUCAGUCCAUCGGCCAGCGGACAGCUGAACCUCAGCCUGCCCAGCCACAUGACCCAGCUGCACCCCCAGCACCAGCGGAUCCUGACCCAGAGACAGCAGCAAGGUGGGCAGGCACAGAGCAUCUCUCCCAAGAAGCUGUGGUCUCCUAAAGUCGACCCUUAUGCUGGGCUGAUGACUUCCAAGGAGAAGGACUGGGUUGUCAAGGUGGAGAUGAUCCAGCUGCAGAGCGAGAACAUGGAUGAUGACUACUACUACCAGACAUACUACCACCGGCUGGAGCGCAGACAGGCUGAGGAGGAGCUGCUUGGUGGGCGCAACAAGCAGGAGCCUCCCAAGCUGGUCACACCCUUCAUCCAGAAAGUAGAGACAUACAACUCUGUGGUGCGCAUCGCGGGCUCGCUGGGACAGGUUGCGGUGUCCACUUGCUACAGCCCUCGCCGGGCCAUCGAUGCUGUGCACCAUGCCCUUGUGGAGGAGGCUGCAGGGAGCCACCGGCUUCGGGCGCUGCACAGGAUUGAGAAGUUCUUCCUACAGCUGCUGGAAGUGGAGGAGAUGCAGCGGAAGAUGUCCCUGGCCCCGGAGGAGCAGCAGCCCUGCUCUCAGGUGCAGAAGAGCCAAGAAGUGGAGUGUAUCUACCAAGCCUUGAAAAUCAGGGCUUGCAGCAGCAACGAGGAGGCAGAGGAUGAAUUCCUGCAGCUACUGUGUGUGCAGAAGGGCAAGAAGCUCAUGGCCCGGCUGCUGCCCCACCUGACCCGAGAGCAAGCGGAGAAGAUCCUGCUGACCAUCACCCACCACCUGCCCUUCCUCAUGAAGAAAGACAUGCUGGACGAGUCUCUCCCCCUGCUCUACAGCCCGUUGAACAAGGUGGUGGGCAGGAUGACCUUCAGCAAACUCAUCGAGGUCCUGCAGGAGAUGAUCAGGCCUCUGCCUGAAUCCCCUGAACUGCCCCUCACCAUGGCCUUGAAGAACCAGUUUGGGAUCUCCUUGCUGUACUCCCUGCUGAGCCAUGGUGAGAGGCUGCUGUCCUCUGAUGUGCCGCUGGAGCCACGCAGUGGGGACUUCGAGAUGUGGACAGACAUGGUGUUCCUGGUUGCUCGGGAGCUGUCACAAGUGCCCAGGGCCUUGCUGGUGGAGCCUCUCUUCUUGCCUAGCAACCUUCUCUCGCUCUUCUGCCGCUACCUGGACAAGCAGACUGUCCACCACCUGGAAGCCAAGAUGGAGUGCUCCCCACUGCUGUCGGAGGCUGCCAUGCUGUGCUGAGCCAUGGGAGAGGGGAACGGGCAGGGCCCGAUGCUGUGACUUUGAGUUUUGAAGCGAACACUUACUCUGGUGUAGAGCACUCUGGGUGAAUUGGGCACUGGCAGGGCUGGCGCUUGAGGGCGGAUGCCGAUCUGCCCUGGUGCCUGGGAGCACAGCACGGGGAGGCUGGUAAUUUAUUUUGGCCUUGCACCCAGCAGCAGUGAGCAAUGGAUCAUGACGAGUGUCAAGGCAGGGUCUGCACAGGGGCGCUGGGAGCACCUGGGGGUGAGUGACUUUUGUGUACAGCACUUGAAGUAAAAU